CUUUAUUGGAAUUUAGUUUGUUGUAACUUUCCUAAACUAUUCACACGCCAUGAGAUCUGCCCAAGUUUUAUUCAACGCCGCCAAGAAGGGUGGUAAGAUUCCUGUUCCAAUUGAAAUGUACCCAUUGUUCGCAGCUGUUGGUGUUGCCAUGGCCUCUGGUUGUUUCUUCACUUACAGACAUUUUGCUUACGACAAGGAGUUGAGAUUAUGGAAGAACGCUGACUUGUCUACUUUGGACAAGGUCUUGAACGAUGCCACUGCUGCCGAAAAGAAGGAUUAAAUAGUAUGGUCUUCUUAAAUUGAAGAGAGGUGAGAUUUCUUUUUAUUGCAUUCUAGGUUUACUAGAGAAAAAAUAAACGAUGUUAGUUGGCAGUAGUCUGCAAGGUAUAGAUUCUGCAAUAUACAGAUUGAACUAGAUAA